AUGGUUGGGGUCUCUCCCAGCUUAACCAGAGGUCUCGAGUUCGAGCCCAGGGAAUGCAGCUGUGUUAAAACUCUUGAGGUAGAGCUUUGCCGCCCUUGUGGUCUUACCCGGCUCGAUUCCGGAUUAGUCGGUCCCCUAGGAGAUUCGGAAACCGGAAGAGCCGAGCCAGUUAUGCCAGCGUGGCUUGGUCAACGUGACCUGGUUUGUCCGACAAUAAAAACACAGCCGCAAAGGUUCCAACGCCUUCCGACCCCCAAAGCCCCCUUCCGCAAGGCCGAGCUCUCGAAAAUCAUCGACCAAGCCCGGAGAAAAACCUUCGGCCCGCAAACCCUAAUCAAAUGCCUUCAAAACCUCCGGUCCAUCGCCUCGCAGAACCAAACCAACAAACGGUGCAUGGAGUCAGCCGGGGCCCACGAGUUCCUCGCCUCCCUAAUAAUCGACAACGCCCCGCGAGCGUCAACUGGCACCGAAACGUCUGACGAUUUUAUUGAAUCGAGAAAAACGUGCGAGGAGGCACUCGCAAUCCUCUGCGGGCUCGACCUAUCCGAGCUGGGCCUAAAAGCCCUGGCCCGGCCCGAACUCGUCGAGUCGCUGACCCUCGUCAUGCGGCUCGGGAGCUACGAGUCCCGGGCCUACGCGAUCGCGCUGCUGAGACCGGUCCUCGAAGCGGCCGACGACGACCCAUCUCUGCUGACGAACCUACAUCCCGACCUCUUCACCGAGCUACGCCACGCGCUCGACCACCAAGUGUCUCAGAAGUCCACCAGAGAAACCCUAAAAACCCUAAUAGCCGCGUGCCCGUGGGGCCGUAAUCGUGUAAAGGCCGUCGAGUCAGGGCUCGUGCCCGUGCUCGUCGAGCUCUUGCUCGACUCGUUCGAUAAGAGGGUUUGCGAGAUGAUGCUGACGGUCCUCGACCUUCUGUGCCAGUGCGCGGAGGGUCGGGCCGGGCUUUUGGGCCACGGCGCGGGCCUUGCGGUGGUGUCGAAGAAGAUACUUAGGGUUUCGGGGCACGCGAGUGAACGGGCCGUGAGGAUAUUGAGCUCGGUGAGUAGGUUUUGCGCGGGCCCAGGGGUUUUGCACGAGAUGGUGCAAGUAGGGGUGGUGUCGAAGCUGUGCCUCGUCGUGCGGGUCGAUUGCGGGCUCAAGACGAAGGAGAGGGCCCGAGAGAUUCUGAGGAUGCACUCGAAGGCGUGGAGGGAUUUGCCGUGCCUGCCGAGGGAUUUGGUUUCGUCGUCGUUGUGA